GGGCGUGUGCGCGAACUAAUCACAAAGCCGUAUGGCGGCGAGAGUGGCAAGUGUUUACACUGUUUACAGUGCGUCCCUAUGACUUCGUAUUUAUGGCUUCUCGAACGCUACUCCACUGCCUUUUGUGUACAAUAGCAACACUAGGCUUCGCCCGAGUGGAUGAGACUGAAAUCGGUCUAAGUUUCGCUCGGGAGCCUCCCAAGUUAGUCAUCGGUUACAAGGGCAAGCCACUGGUAUUGGCAUGUGCCCCUGGGGGCAGCCAUUCGGAAGGGUCAGUCUUGGUCAGCUGGCUGGUCAAUGGAGAACCCGUGGUGCUUAGCGACAGGGUCUCCAUCCAGUCCAACGGAUCUCUUGCCUUCAAAGAGAUCGAGCAUGACCUACCGCAGAAAUCAGAUGAAGGAAAUUACCAAUGCAAGUUGACAAGCAGCGAUGGCCUGUCUCUCCUCUCCAAGACCUCCUCCGUCAGAGUAGCAGUGAUGGCUGCUAGCUUCACACAAUCUCCAAAGAAUUUAAGUGUGGAAAUCGGGGAUACCGCAAGACUGAGUUGCCACAUUGAAGCGGUGCCAACCCCUUACAUUUUUUGGAGGAGGGACAAUAAAACCCUACCUAGCCACGAAAGGGAAAAAAGAUACUCCGUGUUACGCUCGGGAGUCCUGCUGAUUGAUGCGGUUCAAGAGAGCGAUGCCGGCGUUUACCAUUGCAUCGUCAACAGCAAGAAGGUCAGGAUCGCCAGCGAGGGCGCCUACCUGGAAGUGGUGCCAGCGUCACAACGCUUCCGACCGGCGCGAAUGCUGUCGGAGCCUGAGACAGUGGACAUCAAGGUGCAGGCAAACGAAACUCUGUCCCUUGAGUGCGAGGCAUCAGGAUACCCGGUGCCCUUUUUGCGGUGGAGCUAUCUUACAGAUAACCAGGAAAUUGACCUGCAACUACAUGAUCGCUUGGGCAGCAAUGUUCUCGCGAUACCCAACAUCACGGAGCAACACUCUCGCGUGUACGUAUGCCGAGCGACGAAUGAAGACUCUCAAAACGUGAAGCACCAAGCUGUAGUGAAAUACAAUGUGUCGGUGCUGGUGCCACCAGUAAUCAGGAAUCCCCCCAAGAGUCUGAAUCGUCUCAUCGGCAUUUCCAUGAUCUUCAAGUGUGAAAUGACGGGUAUUCCCACACCCAACAUCAGCUGGUACAAGAAUGGAGUACCCCUGUAUGCCAACGAUCGCGUCAAGCUAUACGGCUGGCAACUUGAGCUGAGAAACUCGCUCGCUGACGAUGCCGGCUUGUACCAAUGUCGCGGUCAGAAUGAAGCUGGUGAAGUGUGGGCCGCUGCCAGGCUCAUCGAGAGGCCAGGAGUGAAGGAUGCUCACAUCAGCACACCAACAGGGUUGAAAUGCGGCACUGUCAACUCCUCAAGCAUCGAGAUCACCUGGAAUGCGUUAGCAAAAAAAUCGGUGGCGUAUGCUGUUCACUACUCUGAAUCAGAUGGAAGAAGAAAAAGCGAAGAAGCAACUCAAAGCACAGCACUCGUCAUCAAAGACCUAAAGCCUUCAACCAGCUACUUAUUUAAUGUGAUUGGAUAUGCUAAUGAGGGGGCAUCUAAUGUCAGCGAAACGAUCACAUGCAGGACCACUGGCAAACAAAACGUGGUUUUGGCGCCAGUUACUGCACUGCAGGCGAUCAGCCCGACAGCGUUCAGGGUCAUCUGGAAAAAAUUGAAGCCGCAGGAGAUGCCUGGCCAAAUAAUUGCCCACAAAGUGAUAUACAGAUUGGUCGGCUCACCUGGCUCUAACGAGUCUUAUGAGAUCGAGUUGCCCGCAAAUUUGUACAACUACACAGCUAGAGGACUGAAGCCAGCUGCAUCAUACGAAGUUUGUGUAUUGAGCAGCUCCAAAAGUAGAUGGCAUUCUGCUGAUGAGCCCCUUCUGAUUUGGAAAUCUAUUAUGAUGCCAGAGCCUGGUGACACGUUACCUUCUGCUCCUGAGAUAAAAAUUAAAGAAGUCAACUCAACUAUCAUCAAAAUUCGUUGGACCAUGCCUGAGGAAAACAAGAUUCAGCCGAGUUCCUACAGGGUUUCUGUUUGGAAGAACAAAACCAAAUUAUUUGGACCUUUAAACGUUGAUGGCUUAUCUGGCACCAUCAAAAUUAAAGAUCCGAUAGAUCUUCAGCAAACGCUCACAAUUAAAGUGCAGGCGUUGAAUGAAGAGGGCGAGUCCGGACCUUUUGGUUCUAUCGACUUUAAGCCCAGCCUAGAGCACGCUGAAUCCGUUUCAGCUCUGCAAGCUAUUGCCAUGAGCUCAGAUACGGUGAAACUCACCUGGGAAGGUCGCUAUGGGGGAUUGUUCAGGGUCUCCAGCAAGCUUAUAGACUUGGACGCUGCUACUUAUAUCAACAGUACUGAACAUUAUGUGCUCAUCACUGGCCUCAAGCCAUAUUCAACGUACGAAUUCUCCGUUCAAAGUUACGACAAAAACCUCAAUAUCGGUACCUCCAACCAAACAGUGCAGUGCCAAACCCUGGAGGCAGUUCCUGAACCGCCAAGCGAGCUGAACUUCACCCAAAGCGACUCGUCAAGCGGCAAGUUUACUUGGAGCGCGCCGAGCGAGUCGAACGGCCAGAUCCGCGCCUACCUCGUCUACUACACACCUGCAGAAAGCGCCGACCAGCCUCUUGAGCAAUGGCUGCAGGCGCCGACCAACCAGACCUGGUUGCAGGUGUCCGGCCUGCUCCCCAUAAGCUACGUGGCCACAGUUAACGCGUCGACCUCGGCUGGAUACGGGAUAGCCGCUGACUUCUUCAAGUUCCAAAUGUUGAGUAUUGACAGCUCACUUGCAGACGAACCUACCUCACUUUACUCGUUGCGACACGACCACAUUCUUCUUGCCAUUUUGUGCAGCGCAGUUUUCGUUUUCCUUAUAUUAGGUGUCGUGAUCGCGUAUCGGCUGGCCAAAGCGUCGCGGCUGCGCAACCACAACAUACCUCACACCAACGGCAACGGUUUGCACCACCACUCUGAGGGCAUCGACAUGAUGGUCCUCAGUUCCAGCUCCAACAUACCUCCUGCUCAAACCGACCACCUGGACACCAAGGGCUGGUACCCCACUCCCCAAGCGACCGGUGUCCACAGCAACGGGCGGAUUCCAAACGGCACCUCGACGCCCAUGCUUAAGCACGUGCACAUCACCGAGAACCCUCGCUUUCUUCCGCGAGGGGAUGGGAAGAGCGCGUGUCCAUCAUGUCCUGGGCCCGGCUGCAACUCGCGGGGCUGUCCGUCGUGUCAAGUGGAACCUCUGCUAGCGGCCGACGUGACUCAAGUGACGGUGCUAGCAGAAGAUUAACGUUUAAUUUCACUGUGCAUAGUUUUCAAGAGAAGUUUAACACAAGAAGUUUUUCAGAAGAAGUGAACACGGGUAAACUACCUCACAGUCGGUACCUGAUUCUGUAAAUAAUAUUUGAUCGACGAAUCUCGUUUAUUUUCUCUCUUUCGCUCUCAAAAAGAUUUCUGUGCAUUUAGCUGAGUUGAGCUUUUGUUUAUGCUCACAGUGCAUGCAGUUUUGUUCACGCUCGAUGCGACGGCGGUAACAUCUCAAAAGAAUCGUGCAGCAAUAAUGUCGUAAAUUUUUGUCGUGUAAAUACGUAGAGGAGAAUCGGAAAUUUAGGACGCGAAACGAGGAAAUAGUGGCAAAUUAAUGGAACUCUUAUCUACCUCAAGUGCUUCACUCAGGAACACUUCUCUCCCAGUCGUGUCAAGUAUUUCUUUUUUAAUAAUAAUAAUAUUUAUACAUUGAAUUUGUAAGUGCGAGACUUGCCUUUUGAUUGCUUGCUAAUUUUCUACAACUUUUUACGUCUGGUCCCAAGCAAAGUUUCCAAAGGUUGUCUCGAAAGUUUAUCCUUUAUUGUUGCUUGCUCUCCUUUGAGUCACACAUUCCACUAAGCUCUUAAGAUGUUUUAGCGUUAUCCGUUCACAGAUCGUCCCUUAAAAUCGAAAUUAUAUGUUUUGUUACGCGAAUCAAAAUGUUUUGGUCCCGGUGACUGUUUACAAAAUUUUCUCAUUUGUAAAUUGUGUGUGUAACGAGCUUAGUGAUUGAUAAUUGAAAGAAUGAUUGGUGAUAAUGGCAUGCUUGAAUAUCAAGUUAGUUCACUUUCAGAAAGAAAAACAAGAUUUGGCAAGUUGGCCUCUCUCAUUUUAUUCAGCCGCUACUUAUGAGUUUACCGUUCCGUCUCAGUAUAGCCAGAUAUUUUUUAUUUUGAUUUAUCAGUAAAAUUCAAAUCACACAGGUAUAUCUGAAAAAAGUAAGAUUGAGUCUUGUGCAGAUAUCUGAUUGAAAUAGUAGAGUCCGGACUCUAGAUUGAAAUUUUGAGAUCAUCGUGUUUACUUCUACUUAAGCGAGCAGAUUUCUUCCUCUUCCUUUAUGUUUGUUUGAAUAUCCCGUGAAAGUUUUGAAUUUAUUAUUGUUAACAAUGCACAUUUACUAGCAUUAUCAUUUAACGUCUGAGCAAGCCAAGCUAUGAUGCGGAGUUUUUCCCAAUUUUAAAUCAAGCAAAACAAGACAACAUCUUACAAAAAUAAAGAAUAAUAAAUAAUAACUUUUACAAACUACCAUAAGGGUAAAAUAGGUCGCAAACUGACGUUUAUUUUUGUAUUUUUAAAUAACAUUGAAUACACAUUAGAUAACAUAGCAGAAAUUACGCAUUGUUUGAUCGCAAAACGAGCAAGAACUUUCUAUUUGUCUUUGCCGCUCACUGGAUUUUUGUAUUUUGAGCCGUUUAGAGUCAGAAUUAAGCAAAGCACACACUGAAAAAUGUUGCUGACUAGGGAAAUGCUGGCAUUUUCCCCCUUGCAAAACAAACUAGAGACGAAGAAGGGGUGUCAUUUUGCUAAAACAAACAAAGGUCCCUCCGGCCUAAGACAACGAACAAAUUUUUUACUCAGCAGCUCACAAAACCCACCCACCGCAUUCCGAUACACUUUGCAAAAGAACACGUGCUUGGAAAAGCCAAAACUCGUUUCUUUCUUAAUCUCUAUGCGUGUUUCAUCAUUUCUUGCUGGUCGAGUUUUUAUUGUUUUGCUCGGCGGCAAUUGAAUGAACCUGAAAUCGAUCACUGUAAUUCACUCGCGAAUAAUAAUAGUUACGAUGAAAUACUUGUCACAGUUAAUGCCGACGCAGUAUCGUACCCACUCUGGCCAGAUUUUUUCCUGAUAUUUUUGCUGUCCAGAGAGAAGCUUACCAGCCUCCUGAAUAUUUUAUAAUAAUUGUUUUAACUGCACUUUGUCACAAGAGAAAAGCUAGAUUGCUUGAAAAACAAUUGCGUGCCACGUGCGCGUUGAUUCCUCCAAACCGCUCCGCAGAAGUGUACAAUCUUUUUUCCCUGAACGCGCGGCAACUUUACCCUUUUUAUUGAUUACCUGCAUACACCUAGAUAUACUUGCAUUUGACUGAUUCACGUUUGUAAAUUAUACAUAAAAAUAAUAUGUAAUAAAAACACUAUUGUCACAUAA